AUGCCCGAUAACACUGAUAAAAAAAAAUUGUACAGCGAAAUCAUACAGCUCAAUCAGAGUAUAUCCACCUUAGCACUGAAGGUAUCAUCAAAGGAGAAGGAGCUCACAAAAGAAAAAUGUCUCUACGAUGAAAAAAUUAGGAAGCUUGAUGUGUACUUAGAACAAAUACGGAAACUUCUCGGUAUAAAUACUUCAAAUGACGAAGUCGUACACAUCGAAGACGUUUUGGAUGCUCAGGAAAAGGUUUCACGAGAAUAUCCAAAUAUGAUCGUCAUUCCAAAAUCAUCUUUCAAAAAAACAAAACACGAUGGUUUAAAUUCAACCACAAUCCAAGAAAAGACAGACAAUAAUAAUCCAAAAUCAAACUAUAUUGGCUCAAAUAUUGGAUAUAAUUCAGCACUUCAUACAAGUCAAAGAAAAAGGAAAGGUUAUAAAUCUAAAAAGAUUACAUGCUCGUAUUGCAAAAAAGUGGGACACAAAAGAGCUGAAUGUCCGAAAAUAUACCUCGGAGAAUCGCUUGGUUUAUAA